CGGCCACACCGAUCUCUCAUCCCGUCUUCUCUCGGCAAAUGACGGCCGAGAAAGGGACGAGGAAAAUGACGGCGGGGAAGGGUAGGGCCGGCGCGGGGAAAGCACCGGAGAUGGUGACCAUGGAUCUGCUCGGCGGGUGCGGUGGUGACGCCGGCGGGGAGGACGAGGUCGUCGAACUGGAGGUCAAGGUGCCCGCCGGCAGGGAGAAACGGCUCGACCUUCUGUCGGGCAAGACGUUCUUGACUCCUCAUCGCCACCAGGCCGCCCAAGACGGCCACCAGGACCUCAACCUGCCUCCCACGGCAUCAACCACCGCCGCCGUCACCACCACCUCCGCUGCGUUCUGCACCCUCGACAUGGUCCGCUGCGCCCUAGAGCGCGCCGCCGCGGCGCGCGCCGCCACAUCGCCGGCCACAUCGUCCUCCUCGUUGGGGUCCACCUCAUCCUCGUCCUCCUCCCUGGGAAAGCGCAGCCGCUCGCCGCCUUCAAGCACGGCGUCGCCCGCCGCGAACCCGGCCAUGCGCGCGUGCGCCUGCCCGUCCUGCUUCACAUACGUGCUCAUCACCGAGGCCGCCCCCUGGUGCCCACGGUGUGCAUCGAAGGUGCCGCCGCUCCCCAGUAAGCCCGUCGCACGCAGCAGCGGGAAGAAGCCCAUGAUUGACUUGAAUGCUGACCCCGAUGAGACCGAGUGAACAAGAUAAGCCUUCCCUUGGUUUAUAGGGUAGAAAAAUCAUAGAAAUAAAGGAAAUGAGAUGACAUAUACAAACCUAUGAAUAGGAAUAGAAAAGAAGAUAAUCUUCGAUUCACAUCGUAAGAUUUUUUUUCAUUGAGUCUAGGCUAGUAAUGUUUAUUUUCCUAUGUUUAUAAACCAAAGGUCUCUAAAAUGGGCUUGUUGUGCGUGCGUGUGUGUGUCUGUGUGUUGGGCUUGUUGUGUUGUGCCCACAGCUAAACCCGUAUGUUGUGUGUGUGCUUGUCUGUUAGACCUUGCAUGCGGUGGCCUUGUGUGUAUGUGUUUGCGGAUGGUACUUUGUUGA